AUGUCCUCUCCUCAAGUGAUUCUCUAUGCCAAAUGGUACUCGGACUGCUCUGCACGCCUGCGUCUUGCGCUUCAGCUCAAGGACAUCAAAUAUGUGUAUAUGCCAGUCGACGAACCAAACGCGGCUGCCUACAAAGAAAUAAACCCGUCCGGCUUAGUCCCAACUCACUCGCCGCGUUGGAGUAUCUGGAAGAGAGAUAUCCGCCAUCACAAACCCGAAAAGGUCUCCUCCCGCCAGAAACGGACCUACAGGGACGAGCAACAGUUCGCUGCUUGA